AUUUCUCUCUCUUUCGCGCUUAGCUUUAACACAGUAUUGAGACCAAGAUGACGACACUAAACAUGGCGGAAACUCUAGGAACCUUAAUCGAUAACUCCCAAGAAACGGAUUGUACCUACGAUCCUGACGAAGAUGAAAUCGAUCUCUCCCUCCUUCGUCUCAACAGCUUCGGGAACUCCUCCGAUCGCCGCCGUGCGAACUCGUCUCCUCCGCAGUUUCAAUCGUACGGGUCUUUCGGCUCAUCUUCAGCCACCGCGAUAACCAGCCCCGUGAAACGUCCAUCGCCGGAAUCGAAGGAGGCUGACGAGCCGAGACGCAAGAAACUGUUUAUUCCACGACCUGAGGAAGAAGAAGAAGACGCGAAUAUGAUGGGAUAUUCUAAGAUUCCGCUUCCGGUAGUUGAACUCAACCCGAAUCGAAUCCGUUCGCCUCUUUACAAGCGAUCUUUAUCCGAUACAUUUGCUUCGCCCGUUGGAUCUAUACUCGGGUCGGGUAAUACACGAAACGGCGUCGCUCAAGAAACAUCACCGUCUUCGGGUAACGUCCCUUCUCUCCCGCCACGUCCACCGAUGUUCCGGAGGUCCGUCUCUGAUGUUUCGCCGGCACCUUCCUCCAAGGCUCUUCUCCGAUCUUCUCGCUUCAAUCCAAUUCCUGAUGGUGACUUUGUCAAUCCAGAAAGCUCUGAAGCCAAUAAGAUGCUGUAUGUUAUCAAGGAUGGAGUUCGUGAAUUGGAUCAGUGGUGUAACAAGCUCCUUAAGUACGGGGAAGCAGUCUCCUCUGUGAAACAAGACGACAGUCCCAAGGCACAAGAUGAGGUAGUACAAGAGGACCAACAGAGAGACUGUAAAGAAGGUGUGAAAGUGGAUAGAGUCGGCGAGGCGUUUGUGGUUGAGAUCAACUGUCCAUGUGGAAGAAACUACCGAACUCUCUUCUCAGGACGUGACUGCUACUACAAGCUCUUGUAGAAUGGUGACUGCUACUUUUUGCAGUUGUUGACAUCUUCACAUUCUUUGAUCAUCAUUCAUCACCAUCAGUGGAAGGAUCUCUCAUGCUGCUAAUUCAUCACAAAGCUUCUGUAGAUAUGACAUAGACAUUACACGCACUGUUUUCGUGCUUGUAGCUUGUAGAUAGAUACUGGCUAUUCACAUUGUUCCAUUGCCAUACUCUUGUUUUCUCAUUCAUUGAAAUGGAAGUUUGAUUUGU